AUUUUGAUCAUGAUCGAUUAAACGGGUUGAAGUGAUAGCUUACAAGUAAAAUGGCUCGGAUGAAACUAGUGUGGAGAUGGGACGGAGUUUCGUUUUUGGUGAUAAUUUGGAUACUGAUGUGUCUAGAAAUCACCGAUGUUCAUGGUACUAAAUGUUACCGAAACGAAGAUAUUGGUGAGAUCCCGGCCAACGUGUACUACUGCAGCGAGGGCGAGAAGACAGAGUGUUGUGAAGAGGACGAACAGUUUACAUGUUGCGAACCUCAAGCCAAGAAAACACUGCGGGAGCAGCUGAUUCUAUGGGGCGUGAUAUUAGCGGUAGGUCUGGGUAUCGCUCUCGUGUGCGGUUACUUCUGGAAGGACAACCUCUGCUCCAAGGACGACCGGUCAUGCAGGCACCGCUGCUGUCCCUGCUGCGUUAAAAAAGAUGAGGUUGAUACUAAACAGUUGACAGGCAUAGUGCAGCCGACCCCGUUCCGUCCCGCCACCUCUUCUGGUUGGCGUAGCGCUCCGCGGCCUUCGACGUCUAUGACCGACAGCCCCCCACCCGCUUUCCACUACAAGUCAACUACUUACGGGAAAUAUUAGAAUACUGGACUGGCUGAUUAUUUUGUCUUUUGACUUGCAUUCAUAGUUUAUUUUGUUUCACAAAAAUAAUGUGUACGGGUCUGAUUGUAUGUUGAUUAUUGUUUUAAUCUCAAAGGAACUAGCUAUAAUCUAAAUCAUGGUACGUGUUAUAAAUGGAAAGGAAAUGGUAAAACAUUGAGAGCGAUCUAUAGCAUUCCUACAUGUCAUUGUUUAUAGGUUAUGUAGCUUCGAAUUUUGUAACCCUUCUCACAUUAUAGUCACAUGGGUUACAGGCAAAUAAACAGAGCAUAUUGUAAACAAUGAAAAGAAAAUCAAAGUUCAAUCCCAGAAUUCGAGUGUUCAGGUGACCUACCAAAACUAGACAUGUUGAAAUUACAAAACAUAACUAUAUUUAUCCAAAUUGCUUCAGUUUCUUACGCGUACAUAUUCCAGCGGUAGGGGUGAAAACAUGUUGGUUUGAAGACGUACCUUGUUAGUAAACAAAAAUAGAACAUAUACGUUAUAUUUUAUCAGCAGCCAAUUAUAUAAAACGUGAUUACGUUGUCCAUAUGUUAUCUUUCGGUUAGUUUGAACAAUUCAAUGAUUUGAUGGGUUGAUAUAAAUUUCUGGAUAAGUUAUGACCAAUCAACAUUUGUUUCGGCUAAUUUUGACCAUUCGAAAUACUUAACCACUUUUAU